AAUUCAAGAUAAAAUUUAAAACUUUGACCCCCCAAAACUUAAAUGACACAAACUGACAGACCGACUCAUGAAAUUUAUAACACUCGUCUUUUUGCGUCGACAGUUAAAAAUAUAAGAGCCUUAGACCCCAGCCCUAAACGAUCUCGUCCAAUCGAUUCCAAAACAUUAUUUACCUCUCGAAUUCUUCGAUAAAGAUUUGUUUAGCACUUAGUUUUUGCAAACACUCAGAGCCCUGUUUAUUACGCCAUGCCGUUCGGCAUUACUUUGUACUAGCGGUAUAAUUAUAGCAAUUAACAGACACUCACUAGCCGCCACGCUCUUAGUCAGACAUCGCCUAGCUACUAGCGCGAGCGGUUAUAGCCCGGCGCAGUGCUACAGAGCACGGGCUUCCAAUGACCCCUGCCCGCUACGAUGCCUUUCCGCUCACGCUUUCUAUCUGAUCUGAAAAAACUUGUAUGCCCGUCGUGUUUUAUGACUGCCAAGGAUGUUCGGCAAUCGAAAUAAAUAAAGUUGAUUUAUAUGCGCUAGGGUAAUAUUUGACAGCAGUAUAUUUGUUUCAAUCAAAAGUUAGCCAUAAUACUUAACAUUUUGUUUCCAUAAUACGAUAUCUAUUCGUCGCAAAGCGUGGGCUGCUUCCUACGUGAGUGGUACCUUACACCGCCGGUGGGCGUUGACAUUAAGUAGGUACGGUUUUUGUCAACGGAAGGCAAUGACGAAUUGGGGAUAUUUAAAUUUAUUUUGUGGGCUGAGGCUGUACCGCUUCUCGCGCGCCGCAGGCAUUGCUCGAGACCUGAGGUUGGCAGUAGGCUUCGUGCCAGCGCGCAGCUCGAACGUGCGUACGCGUUUUUUUUCUUGCGAACGAGCUUGUGCUCUCGAGUGUAGCUGCAUUAUCGAAUAACGACACACACUGACAUGGAAGUGGCAGAUCAAUGGCGACGGGAGUGGGCGGGAACAGCCGAGUAUGGAAAGGUGAGGUCAAAGAGUAAACAACCCUCUUUAUAGAGCUUAUUUAAUUAUGCUAUUACUUAUUCAGUAUUAACUAUAUUAUUCUUGAUCAAGUUCGUCAACAAUAACAAACAAAAUAAUGUGGAAACUUUUUAUUAUGUAUCAAUUUUAUUGUUGUGAACGACUUGUGCAAGCUUUCUAAUUUGCAUAUUGUUAGUCAUAUAAAAUAAAACCUUCCAGUGAAUAUCAUACAUAAUUAAGUAGAUUUAAGUCAAGUAGUAUGUGAUCUAUAAAACAUAUAAGUUAAGAUUGUGGCAUUUCGAUUAAUGAGAGGUCAUUGCCAAAAGGCUAAAAAGUAGUCAUUUCCUUUUACGGUGUUAAAACUUGGGACGACGAGACGGCUGAGCUAUAUUAUAGAUAUUCAUGAUAUUACUACAAAAUGAAUCUUAUGUUUAUUAGCAUAAGGUUACAUCUUGUGGGAAAGUGACGUAGUAAACCAGUCUGAGCGAGUUCAGUCAGUUUUUUCGUUGUGUUCCUUUAAUUCAUGUAAAAGAUAUAUAAACUAAAAUACAACUCUUGCAAAAUAGUAUGGCAGUUAUGUCACUGACUUUGUUUCCGUAGCCGUUGUCCGUGCAUUUACCUCAUUACCUAUAAUAUAUUUGCUAAAAUUGCACUGAGAUUGUCUGAGAUACAAUGGCAAAAAGCGCUUAUAGGUUAAGUAUCUAUAAAAUCAUAUCUAUUCCUGGAACGUGGCUGGAGUCAGGAAGAGAAGAAAAGUCCAUACGUAUAAAUCAAUUAGUUACACAAGCCUGUGUUACGACAUCUUCCGUUACCUAGGUACCUACUUACUCUCCGCGACAGUCGAUGCACGUAAGAGAUAUCUAGAAACUCAGCGUUUAGGUGAUACCGAGCAUAGUAAUUAGUGUUUAUAACACCAUGCCUAUAUACUGCAGUAAACAGACUGGUUAGCAGCUUGGCACGCACGGAACUGAAGCGAUAUAAUUUCUAGUGAUGCAGUCGUUAAGGUUUUGUAGUGUCAAAUCGAACAAUUUUGAAUAGAACCGUACAAAACAUAACAAAGACGCGGCCAAGACAAAUAAAAAAAACAAUUCUCUUUAGGCUUCAUCAAUGGACAGAAGUAACUAUUUCGAAUUGGCUUCUAGUCUAAAUAGCAAACAAUACUCGGAAACAAAAUUUAACCAUAACUCUUUAUUUAAAACGUCACAUAACGUGUUGUAGUGGUUGGAUCGCUUUGGAAGACUGCUCCAACUCCAGCUUUAUUUACAAUAAUAUUAUAAUAUGGUUGGGAUUGCGCCAUGAUUCAUCAUAGAAUGAUCGGAUCGUGACGCAGGGAAACUACGAAAAUCUCGGACUCGAUUUCGGAGUCACAAUAAAGAUUCAAGCAAUUUUUAAUGACUCAUGUAAAAAUGCCAUAGUCUCAAUGACCUUUGUAUCUAGCGCAACUAGUUGAAAUCCCAAAAAAAACCAUAUCAUCUUAUUUUUCGCCCCUGUUUUAUAAAGAAGCAGGAUAGAGAUUUGUACAUUCGGGAUAAAAUAAGUAAAACAGCUCUAGAUUGUAAUAGAUGGACUCCAAAUCUGGAGCAGUGGCCAAAUAACCCAUCCAUAAUUAGAUACUUAAUUAUGAAUCUACUGAGAUUGACGCUGGCACCAAUAGACACAAAAUUAGAAUUCCAAGUUAUUACCUAAUGAUAAUAACGAUGCAUCUAUCUCUUUCGCGACGCAGUUUAAAACGGUAAAAUUUAAAUCACUAUUAUUAAAGGAAGGUGAUGUAAAGAAGGCUAUGGUAAUCUCAAUUCCGCUCGAUUGUUUAAUAGUGAAAGUGAAGAUAGACGUGACGUGAGGAAGCCCCUGAUCGUUUUGCUUCACUUAUUUCCUAUUCAUUAUCUUGAAACAGAUACUCAUAAAGAAGAAAUCUCUCUUUUUGUUUGAACAUGUCGUGAUACCAAUGGUUUAUGGUGUGACAGAGGGUGGAGUGACGCGUCGCAUAGCGCGCGCAAUGGAGGUUCUGCACGCGAGCGGGCCGGGAGCGCGCGUGCGGGUCAUGCGCGCCGCGUACCACUCGUCCGCCGCGCCCGGCACGCCAGCCGCUUCCUUCAUGCUACAGUCUUCACGAAGGGUCAUUUCCUCCGGGUUCGACUUCUUAGAGCCUCCUUCAGCACCUAUAAAGCCGUUAGAAAUAUCGUCUACACCAUAUGAAUCAUCUCCAGAACCAAAUACGGAAGCAGAAAAUUACAAAGUAACUGAACCUGAUGACUUCGAUAUAUCGGAGCCAUCCAAAUGGCGAGGUUCGACAAGAGGCAGCUCCAUUCGGAUGCCUAGUGAAGAGUCUUCGUCUACAGACAACGCCAGUAUCAUCGAUUUAGAUGCAAGGCUGGGAAAAAACUUACUCAGAAAAUACUCCUACGAUUCAGAAUGCAGUGAGAUUCAAUUUGGAAGUAGAAAUACCAGUCGCAACUCUCCUCUUUUAGAUACACCAGUAACCUUGAGCACAUUGAAAUACAAAUCCCUAUUAAACAACAGUAAUGAUUGGAAUUCCAGACGCAAAAGCUACAGUUUUGAAGAUACCGCCCCACUAAAUGAAUCUAUUAUACACUCUAACGACACACUGGCGAUGGAAUCUUCCACGGACAGCGGCAUUUGUAAAUCAACAGAAAUUGUAAACGAUUAUAUGGAUGAUAGCACACACACAAAAAGCUUUCCCAGGGAUGACAAAAAGCCACAGAAAAAUGAAGAAUCAUUUAGAGACUGGCUAUCUAAAAAUAGACCGAUAUCACAGUACAGAGGAACUAAAUUUAAGACUUAUCGAGAUCACGAAAUAGUUAUGGAAGACCCAAUCGAGAAUAAUAUAACGCUGCAAUCAUCGGGAAAAGUUUCAAUAACUUUACCUGUAACUGUUGAAGGCGACGAUGAAAAUUAUCAGAAAGUUAGCCAAGUGAUUGAAGAUGGUGAAAGAAAAGUUAAAAGAGUAGAGUUUUGCAAAACUGAAGUUCAUUUUACUGCAGAAUCAGGUAAAGUGAAUAUAAUUGAAACGGAUAACAAACCCCCACCUUCGAAUGAUUUUCGAAAAAGGAGAAGUGCUUUUGUUCCUAUGCAAGAUAUGAUUGAGAAACCGAUUACGUUGUUUGGUGACAAAACCGACAUCCCAACAACGAAUGGAAUAGGUACUGCCCUAAAUGUAAGUGGUAGUGAGCUUAGCGAAUCCGAUGAGAAUACCGCAGCUACAAAAAGUAUUCUCAAAAACAAAAUUCCGAAACCCAAACCAUAUCUUUUAGGUGAGAACAUGGCAUUUGGGAUGCCCGAUGAUCUUCUAAAGAAAGAUUUGUAUAGUGAGUCUAAAUUAACGGCGGUUUCUUUAGUAAAUAAGCAAUUAGAACCAGAAAAGCACCAAAACGAAGUCAAACCAAUGUUCCCACGGGAUGCAGGAGUUGUGAUUAAACCCAAACCUUUGCGGACAAUAAAUACAGGUCCCACCAAAACCGACAGUUUGAAAAGCGAUAAAACUGUCACAAUCCAUACAGUUCAGACUGAAGAGGCUACUACUGUAAAUGAUGUCAAAACUAGAUUUAGUGGCUUGCAACUGUCUCCAGUACCACGGAAGCCUAAAACCCGACAACUACGAGAAAGCGAUCUCACAUACUUUGGAGUAGACAACAAUCCUAAAUCUAUUCACACAGACCACAAUCCAGUAGAAAGUAAAAUGGGGCGCACCGAAAAUGUUGUCGAAAACAUAUUUCAUUCUGUUAAACUUAUUCAGCAGGUAUCAAACAGUGUGUGCAAUAGUGAGCCUGAAUCAGAAGAGGCGCCAGAAUAUCAAAACAUUCCUUUAAAUAUCAACUAUGCCCCAGUUCCUACACCGAGGCAACGGUCGCGUCAUGACGACAAACCUAAGGAAAUUAGCGAAAUCAAGGUUUAUAAGCCGGUAGUUGAAAAGGAUUAUCAGGACUCAACACAUGGUGAAAGGUCUCUGUCGCGUCGCGCGAGAAUUCGCACACAGCACGAGAGUGCGACUAGCAGAAGUAUUUCUGCCCCACCAAAAGCUUUGAGGCAUAACCCAACUGAGCUGUCACAGCGACGUGAGGAUCACUCGAUACGUUCCAGUAAAAAUGAAUUACUAAAAGAGGAAAACAGAAUGUUUUCGAACAAAAAACGGAACUCAACUGAUGACAGCAAUCCUAUUUAUGUAAAUUUAAGCAUCGUUGCAGAAAAACCUAAGAGUUAUGAAAACCGUGAUCCGGGAAAAAUUAAAACUACUUCCAGUAAACGGGAAAAUAAGCCGUCUAGAAUUGAUAAAAUUAAAAGCAAACUAGAAAGAUCUGGAGAUGUACCCACUAAAGAGUUUUGUUAUAUUGAUAAGAGAAAGGAACAUCGGUUCGAUUCAGAAACUGAUAGUAGUAUCCGGAAACGACACUCGCCUAGUAAAGAUACACAUACACGCCAAGCCCACAAAGAUAGUCUAUCUAGACGGGCGGUUCAGGGUGAUAAACAGAUAAAUGCGGAGCCGAAUUCCUCCAGACACGGCCGCAAAUCUCGAGAGGAACAAUCUUCGAAGGAAAUAAAUAACUCUAGAAAGUCAGAUUAUAGAAGUAAAUCAUUACAGCGACCUGGAUCUACCAAGGUCUCAGAAGAUACUUCUAAGGAUACCAGUUUAAAGAGGACAGAACAAUUCAAAGACAGUCUAGAACACAAUCAAGAGACAAGCAGGAGUCGCAAAAGUAAUUCUUCUAAGGAUAAAACUCAUUCUACUAAAGAAAUAAUCAUUCCAUCACCAAAAUUAGACAUAAGCUCCAGUGCUCGACAUUCCUCAUCACUAUCAAAGAAAGAUGACAAAGAACAACACAAAACUCACAAAUUGAAUAAACGUCGUGAAUAUGUUAUCAAUUAUGAUGAUAAAAACGGAACGGUCUCAUCUAUUUGUAAAGUAACGCCUCCAAGCCUUGGAACACCAAAGCGGAAGAAACCUCCAAAAGAAAUAUUGAAAGAUAAUUAUUACAACGAGAACUCGUUGAAAAAUAGAUCCAUAAACAAAACUGCUCCGCUGCAGCUAGAAGAUCAUCAAAUGGAACGAAACGGACUGAAUUAUGCAGAUAGGAAAUGGAAGACAAAAGUACAUAUACAAAGGUCUUGCCAAUUGUUAUAGUGUAAUCUUUUACUAGUCGUAAGAGCGAUAGGUACUUAUUGAGAGUUAAGUAACCUUUUUUGUGCGAAGCAAUAUCGUGUUUGAGAUAAAUAGAAUAAGAUAACGAUGAUCUCACAUACGGCUAUUUAAAGUCAACCUAAAUGUAAUUAUUCCGGUUUAUCUAACGUUUGAAAUAACAGGUUUAUUGUCAAUAAUAAUAAAUACAAUUAAUGAACUUA